AAGUGAAGAGGAAAAUCAAGCAAUGCUCAACUUACUGAGACAGACACCGGUGGAUGUCUUAUCUAUGGAAUGGUUGAACUCAGAACCUCGAACUAUAGAAGCAAGAUCUUAUCUGAUUGGUAAUAUUUUGCCUCAAGUUGUUCUGGGCUUGGAGUCUAUAUUGAAAGAAGCAACUCAGAGAAACCUGAUUAUGCGUGACGUACUGGAUGAAAAAAAUUAUCAAGCAGGAUCGGACAGAAAUUUUAAUCCCGUUAAUCGGCUAGCUGAAUAUCUAAUGCGUAAUAAUCAUAAAUCACAUCAUUUCAAUGAAUCCUCAUCUUAUAUAAGAGGGCUAAGAAAUACACUAGCUAAGUUACAAUAUGAAAUGUUUAUGCAAUCAGAAAACCAACUUGUUGCGGUGAAACUUAGUGCUGACUCUAGACGUACAGAAGAAAAACAAAACGAAUUACAAGUCGAAAAAGAAUAUGAUAGACGAAUAACGAUUAUUUCCACUAUUUUUGACCGCUUUAUGUCACUUAGAAGAAACUCAAUUAACAUAAAUAUGAUAAAAGAUAUAGUAUUUACAUUUACGGAAUUAGAUAAUAAACUACCAAAAGAAAUGAAACACUUUUUAGUACAAACUUUUAAAACUCAACUAAUGAAAUACGAUCAGGUGAAUUAUGACAAAGAAGAAUUUGUUAAGUUGCUCAUGAUUUAUGCUAGACUGUUAUCAAGUGAAGUUUUUGAACAAUUCACAGAACAUCUAAAACUUUGUGAAGUAGAACUUCUUAAAAUGAAGGAAAGAGAAGAACGAAGAAAAUUACUGAAAAGUUGUUUCGUUUCGUGUGAUUUAGAUCAGUUGAAUGAAUUAUCUUAUGCCCAAGUUUUACAACUCUGUGAAGAUUAUUUCGAUACAUGUGAAGAAAUUAGCAAAGACAAGAUUAAUGAUCCAAGAGAUUGGUUUACAAGAGAAUACCAUUUCAAAUUAUCUGCAACAGAAUCUGUUACAAAUGAAAAUACAACUGAAUGUCCAUCUUCAUUCAAAGCUGAUGAUGACAGCAAUUCAGAGAACAAACAACAUUCUCUACUACGUGAAAAUAGAAAAAACUCAAAUGGUAACAUUCAUCAUGAUGUUGAUGAUGAUAGCUCAUUACAAUUGGGUACUCUCAAGUUGGACGAACUUACCAUCCUUUCCACUCAGUAUAACAACAAAGAUCAAUCAAUACAAACUUGUCAGUCGGUCAAUAUAUCUGGUAUAACACAAAGUCAGUUUGUCAAUAUUAUGGAGUUUAUAAUACCAGCAUCUGCUCCUUUCGAGCUUUUGAACAAUUGUAUGAUAUAUUUGAAAAGAUAUAAAGAUUCAGCUGAAGAACUUGUGGAAAGAAAACUACAGCUAUUUCAGAAGAACUCAAGACUGAAAAAAAACCAGCUGAUGAAUAAAAUAUUCUAUACAUUAGAUCAAGAAUGUUCUGGAACGUUAAAUCUUAAGAGAAUUGAAAACUUUAUAUUAGAUUAUGAAGAUGGAUUUUAUGAGGCCCAUUUAAAGCAAGCUAGGUCAGAUUUAGCUUCUAAAAUCCAGUUGAGUGGAAGUAAGCAAAAUACAAAGUCUUCCUCAGUAUCUAAUGAUCAGAUAACUUCAAGUGAUGAUUUUACUAGCUGUGUAACAUCAUCAUCGUCUGAGAUGUUCAACGAUCGAUUAUAUCUUCAAAGUUCAAGCAAUCAGUUACAAAAUGUUCAUUAUUACUAUUAUCCAGAAAAAUCAGUCGAAAUCAAUAUCAGUGACUUCAAAAUUUUAUUAGAUUACAUAUUUUGGCCUAAAAAUAAUCAAUAUCUUAGUGGUCAUGAAGAAUUUGACUGCAGUUGUUUGGAAAAGUUUCUUGACUACUUACAUGGAAAAUUAAUACAGACUAUAACUGAGAAAAUAAGAACACAAAUUCGACGAGAAUGGAUAGAGAAAAUUUUAAAAGUUUCACUGAAUACAUAUGAUAAUUCAGUUGAACUAGUUUAUAAAACAGUUUUUCAGACACUCAUAAAAGAUACAAUAAAAUAUGGUGAACAAAAACAGAUCGGUGUUAACAUUGCCUUACUUUGUUCACCAUCUACAACAACAAAUGAAGCAUUAAGUGUAAAUGUUAAUACACAAUCCUGUUUACAAUAUGUAGCGGCUAUACCUGAAUCAGAAGCUGACAUUCUGCUUGGUAAGUGUCCACGGAGAGAUGAAUCCGAUUUAUUAUGCAAGUGUUUUAGCACAGGUUUAACAUUGGUUCAUUCUGAAAUGUUGAAAUUGAAAAGAUUUUCACAGGCCAAUAGUGAAUCACUUAACACGUCAAUAUGUUCUGAAACGAACAUGCAACCGAGUUAUCAGUCACCUUUAUUCGCUCUUGCCAUACCAAUACCUAAUGCUAAGCAACAUUUUAUCGGAGUGAUAAAAGUAAACAAUUUAUCAAAAAACAAUCACUUAUUCAAGUUUGAAGAACAUGAAAUUCAAUUUUAUCGUGGUGUUGCUUAUCAACUAGGCUUUGCUUUUUCACUUAUAAACAGUCGUUAUCUACUUAGUUCCAUGGUACAAUAUGCAUUUGAAUGGAUUUAUCAACGACUAGGUGAUAUUGAUGGAAUUAUAUUUUAUCAUCGAUAUACUGACGAUGAUGAUGAUGAUGAUGAGAAUGAUGACGAUGCUACUGACAAACAUUCUACCAAAAUCGAUCCAACAAGUGAGGCAAUAUAUACAUCAUCAAACAAAGAAGUUAAUUAUAAAUUAUGUAAACUUGUAUCAAAAUAUGGUAUUCACCAGACAACCAAUCAUACUGACCUAUAUGUAAUUAGUAAAAAGAAUAACUAUUUAUACUACUACCUAUUUGAUGCACUAGAAUCUGGAUAUUCAUCGGUGAAUCGUGUUCUGGGUCGAACACAUUAUACAUUUCCGUUUACUACUGAUUCCAAUAAUAAAGUGGUAGGUAUCAUCGAUGUCUGUUGUUUAAACGUGCUGAAUAAACAUCGAUUGGAUUAUUUACAUAAAAGUUUAAUACUUUUGCAAGAAGGUUAUGAACAUUUAGUGAAUUAUACAGGAGUAAACACACAUGGUCAGUAUACUAAUACAGACGAAUACAAGACUACAUCUAAAAACCAUGAAGAAAUUGAAAUCAAUUCACAAGUGGAAGAAAGUGGUGAAUCCAGCUGGAUGAAUGAAAACAACAAAUUCACACCUAGAAUUAUUGUGAAAAAAUUAAUAAAAAUGGAACUCCAUCUUUUAACUUUAAAGAUUGAUGAAGAUCUUCUCACCAAUAUAAAAAAAUAUGAAAUAAAACUUUGUGAUUCUGAAAUCUAUCUAUUGUGGACCGUAAUACUGUUGUUGAAUCCUUCCGAAGAAUAUAACAACUCACUAGAUCAGGAAAAUAUUUUCAAACUUCCGGAUGCAAUGAUAACUGGUUUUUAUAAGUCGAUUGUAGAUUAUGAUCCUUUCAUUGGUGAACAACAAUUGACCAAUUUACAAAAAACUCAGUUCAAUGAAAUCUAUGAAAAAAUUUCAAAUGAACAAUUAAAACGGUAUUCAUGUGAAUCAAUAAGAAAUUUGUAUGAAUGGUUGAAAUUAUGCAUUCUUGUAUGGAAAGAAAAUAGUCGCAUGCAUUAUAGAUAGAAAAAAAAAUCAUCUAUUACAACACAAAAAGUAACAACAAAGAAAAUAAAUUUUCUACAAUCAGUAAACAACAAUCAAUCAGUAG